AUGGACGAGUUCGGACUUCUUCGGAUUGACGGACGGUUGAAGAAUCUGAACGCUCCGUUCGAUACCCGUCAUCCGAUCCUGUUGCCAGCCAACCAUCAACUGAGCUGGAUGAUCGCUAGGUCCGUUCAUCUGCAGACGCUUCAAGGUGGCCCUUCGCUACUGCUCGCCACAAUGCGUCAACGUUUCUGGCCACUUCGGGGGAGGGACUUGGCUCGCAAGGUCGUUCGCCAAUGCGUCACGUGUUUCCGAUGCAACCCAACACCUGCAAAUCAGAUCAUGGCGCCUCUACCAUCAGUUCGCCUCAGACCUGCCCGAGCCUUCGCGUAUUCCGGGAUGGAUUACUGUGGGCCGUUUUUCGUUCGUCCGCUGACUGGGAGAGGUACGUCGGUAAAGGUAUACGUCGCGUUAUUCGUGUGUUUGGUGGUGAAGGCCGUACACCUCGAAGUCGUGCCGGAUCUGUCGUCCGUCGCGUGCAUCGCCGCCGUCAAGCGCUUUGUUGCCCGUCGUGGUCGCGUCCUCGAGUUGCAUUGCGACAACGCAACUACGUUCGUCGGGGCCGAUCGCGAGCUGCGGAAUAUGCGCAAGGAGUUCCAGCAGCAAUUCCAAUCCCAGGAAUGGGCCGACUACUGCUCCGGAAAUGGGAUCACGUUCCGUUUCAUCCCUGCUCGUUCUCCACACUUCGGAGGCAUAUGGGAAGCCGGAGUAAAAUCAUUUAAGUACCACUUUCGUCGGAUUAUGGGACAGAAGGCUUUUUCCAUGGACCAGCUCCUAACCGUCGUGGCACAGAUCGAAUCUGUCCUAAACUCCCGUCCCCUCGUUCCCAUUUCCGAUUCCCCCGACGACCUUUCCGCCAUAACUCCAGGACACUUCCUGAUUGGAGAGCCUCUCGUCUCCAUUCCCGAACCCGAUCUACUUCAGCUGUCGCCUAAUCGCGUCACCCGUUUGCAGGACAUGCAACGCUCGGUCCAGGAUCUGUGGCGCUGCUGGUCGCGGGACUACGUAAGCCAGCUACAUCAACGAAGCAAAUGGCGACGGCCAUCCCUGGACGUCAAGAAGGGGCAGCUCGUGCUGCUGAAAGAGGACAACUACCCCCCGCUACAGUGGCCACUCGGACGCAUCGUCGAGACCAUCACCGGUUCGGACGGGCGGGUUCGUGUUGUCGUGGUGAGAACGGCGGCAGGCGACUACAAGCGAGCCAUCACAAAGGUCGCGGUGCUCCCCAUCGAUUCCGGAGACGAGGACACGUCACAAACACCGUCUACAAGCAUGUUGGAUGGUUGA